GUCAUAAAAACUAAAAUUUGGCAACAGUAAAUUAAAGUCAAGUCGAAUAGCACAUUUGAGAGACUUUAAUAUUUCAUAUCGUUUAGCUCUUUAUCGGAACCACUUAAAGUAGGUUGAAGUUGGUCUCGGUCUGCCUCUGACCUGAUAAGUUGGGAGUGGACUAAAUACACAUAUGUGAAUCUUCGUAAUUAACGUUACCUAACUAGUUUUCAUAAUUUCUACAGCAGAUGUAAUCAGCCUGUGUGGUGUGUCAAAUAUGGACUGCGCUGCCCUAUGUUGGCAGAUAUACCCAACAUAGGGCCCACAACAACGUGAUAUUGCCGAAUAGUUAGCACGCAAGCAAAAUGUAUAAAAAGUGGCGAGCGUUGGAGUUAAUAUUAGCCUAGCGAUACUUGGCUAACUUACCCUAUGUGGCUCUCUUGCCUCUAUCUGAAAGAAACUAGUCAAAACCCUUCCAAAACUUCAGAGGAGAACACGGAGGAGACAAGUCAAGAGCUUGCAAAUCCUGAAGACUAUAUCAAACACCCUCUACAGAACAAAUGGUCUCUUUGGUUUUUCAAAAAUGACAAGAGCAAGACCUGGCAGGCCAACCUGCGCCUCAUCUCAAAGUUCGACACAGUGGAAGACUUUUGGGCUUUGUACAAUCAUAUUCAGCUAUCAAGCAAUCUGAUAUCAGGCUGUGACUACAGCCUGUUCAAGGACGGUAUUGAGCCGAUGUGGGAGGAUGCCAGGAACAAGAAGGGUGGCCGCUGGCUCAUCACCCUCAGCAAGCAACAGAGACGAGUCGAGCUGGACCGCUUCUGGCUUGAAACGCUGCUGUGCCUGGUUGGAGAGGCCUUUGAUGACCACAGCGAAGACAUUUGUGGUGCUGUGGUCAACAUCCGAACUAAAGGGGACAAAAUAGCUGUCUGGACGACAAGCUAUGAAAACAGAGAUGCUGUCACCCAUAUAGGGAAGGUGUUAAAGGAGCGAUUAGGACUGCCCCCGAAGCUGACCAUUGGCUACCAGUCCCACACUGACACGGCCACUAAGAGUGGCUCCACUACGAAGAACAAGUAUGUGGCCUAAAGGCAGACACUAAUGGCCUGGCCUCCUCGUCUUCUAUGCCUGGUCUCCCUGUCUGACUGUCCGCACCAUAGACAUAUAUAGAUACAUACAUACAUUUAUAUGUCUAUGGUGCGCACCCACACCUCUUGUCUUCACACAGACAUGCCACCUCACAUGCGAACAUUCAACAUAUACACCUACAGCAAACCAAAGCUACCAGACUCGGACUGUAUUCUGAAAGGUAUACAUACACACGGCAACAUACUGAACACAUGGGCGCACAUGUGCGGUAAACCAAAGCUACAGUACAAAAAGCUGACCUUCAGAUUCUGAUUGUAUCUUCCUGCCUUCUUUAAGCCUACUCAACACUUUGACAAAACACACCCACAGAUUCAACAAACACAGAUUCACAAACAGUGCCUUAUAUUUACUUUUGGUUGGUAUUUGUUUUUGGAUUCCUCCUCUCGCACUAGAGGGCGCUCCAGCACCACUGCUUUGGAGAGCUCUCUGGCGAGUGCCUUUGCACCAGUCCAAAGACGUCACCAUGGAGACACCACACACUUUCUUCCUUCUCUAGCCCCCCCAGCAGAAGAGAGUCAGUCUGAAAUUUGAAAGUAAAAAUGGAAGUAGUAUUCACACCAUCAUUUCAUCAGAGGCACCUCUCAGCAAAGAGUUUCAUUAGAGAGGCAAGAUGUGGGGGGAAAAAAGCGCGCUGCGGAUGUUUCAGGUUAACAAGCUUCCCAUAGACGACACAUCUCGGUCGCCAGUCUUGCAGAUAAAAACAGUACACACCUCCUGGGUGGAAAUUGACCCUCAGUUCAAAUGCACACAGACUAAAUCAUUCAUGGUGCUCUCCCCAAAAAACACACCAGGUAACAGACAAGAGCAGUCCAUGUCUAAGGAAGUGUUAAAAAUUCAAUGUGGUCUUAUAAAAAAAUAAACCUCGAUGUUGAUUUAUUUAAUGUCUGAGAAGAAAUUGUUUAAAGUUGAAACAUGGAUUUCUGUUGUGGUUUUCACAUAGCCUUGCCUUGACACCCAACAUUUAAUUUAUUUUGACAUAAUUAAACUUCUUUGCAUUUUUCUUUAGAAUGCAUGCAAUCAAAGCCAAUGUGAUCUUCAAAUGUUUGCUUUUUUGGAGUAUUAACAUAAUUAAAUCUUUGGUUUUUGCAAUUCAAUACAGGUGUUUUUUUUUAUAUUGUGCAUUAUUUUAUGCAGAUUUGAUUUAUACUACAUUCCUUGUGAGAAUUUGUAAGAUAAUUGAAUAUGCAAAUCUUGACUGAUGCUGUUAUGGAAUUUAUUGUACUCUGAUUGUGAUUGGGCUUUGUCUUGAUUUGGUGGUCAGAGCAAAGCUUUAUUUGAAAUAAAGGUUUUUGUGAGUUUCAA